AUGGCGCUGCGUGCGGUGCUGACUUUGGCCCUCCCGGCGGCGUUGGCCGGCCCUCUCUACCCGGCAUGCUACACCACUUGCAUGGCGACCUGUCUGUCGGCCGGGGCAGCAGCUGCUGGCGUUGUGCCGCCCGCAGGUUUGGCAGGCGCUGCCGCCUGCGCGUCGGGCUGCGCAGCCCUUUGUGCUCCUUCCUGCUUCGCCGACGACACCACACUGCAGCUGGCCGAGUUGCCCCGAGGCAGUUCGGCUGUGAAGAUCGGAGAAGUGCAGACCGGGAAGAGGGUGUGGACUCUGCAGAACGGCCAGCCCAUGCCAGCUCCAGUGGUGGAGAACCGUCGGCUGGAAGGCAGCUUUGGCUUUGUGGAACUGGCGGUCGUCAGUGAGAGCAUGGAAGUGAACAUCACGAUCACCGAGGAUCACAACAUCUGCACGGCACUGCGGGCCGACGCUGCUUGCGUGCUUCUCUGA